AUGAACGAAACUUUCGAAUGUCUCAAAUUCACUGAUGUAGAAAGCCAAAUAAAAAUCGCCAACUACGGCCUAAAAUAUAGAAUAUUUGUUGUUCCAGGGAUCAUCACGUCUGGCGGAUGCAUGGUGGGUGAACGGCUAAGCAGCAGCGGCACCCGCUUGAACGUCACAUCCCCGGUGCAGUGCGCCGCUCCCACCGCUGCGCCCCACAAAGCCAGCACUGAGAGUGUCCACAGGGUGCUCAAGAGCGUCUCUAGGCAGAGCCUUCUAGAUCUGGUGGGCUGUAAACUAGGGAUGUCAAAGUCCCGUCAAUCGCAGGGCUACCAGCAACAAGAAGGAGGCUACUACUCGACGUCGCGCGACAGCAUCGCCUACAUCAACCGGGCGGCGAACGUCAGCUCGGCCGCUAGCGAACUGGACUUGUCGCGGAAGGCCAGGCGGAAGGACCUGCGAGGCCGGCUGAAGCUUCCCACCAGCGUCGCCUUGGCCAGUUCAGGGGAGGCGCCGCUGCUCGGCUCCUGGAGGACGGCGCCCGGAUCGACGGCCGGCACUAAUCCGCCCUCCUCGAACCAUCUCAACAGCAACAGCAGCUGUAACGGAACUGAGAGCCGAUACGGGUUUCGAAGAGUCGACUCGUACAGCUCAAGGUUGCGUGCUGGGUCACAGAAUUGGUCCUUUGUGUUCGAUCCUGCGGGGCGGCUGUGUUAUUACUGGUCCAUGGUCGUCUCCUUAGCGUUCCUUUAUAAUUUUUGGGUCAUUAUUUACCGAUUUGCCUUCCGGGAAAUUGAUGCGAAUACCAUCCUGGUGUGGUUCUGCCUGGAUUACUUCGCAGACUUCCUGUACCUGGUGGAUAUCAUGUUCCACUUCCGAACGGGUUACCUAGAGGACGGAGUGCUUCAGACCGACUCAACGAAGCUCCGCCACCACUACAUGAACUCCACCACCUUCUACAUUGACUGUUUGUGCCUGUUACCACUAGACUUCCUCUACUUAUCAGUGGGCUUCAACUCGAUACUGCGCUCGUUUCGCCUGGUGAAAAUCUACAGAUUCUGGGCGUUCAUGGACAGAACGGAGCGCCACACGAACUACCCGAAUCUGUUCCGCUCGAGUAGUUUGAUCCACUACCUCUUAGUUAUUUUCCACUGGAACGGUUGUUUGUUCCAUAUCAUAUUAAAAAACGAUGGUUUCGGCUCUAAAAAUUGGGUGUACAGUGACUCCGAAAGUACUGACUAUGUGAAAGCGUACCUACAAAGUUAUUAUUGGUGCACGCUGGCUUUGACCACCAUCGGGGACCUUCCCAGGCCUAGGAACAAGGGAGAGUACCUCUUCGUUAUCUUCCAGCUGCUCUUCGGCCUGCUGCUCUUCGCCACGGUGCUGGGCCACGUCGCCAACAUCGUGACGUCGGUCUCGGCGGCUAGGAAGGAGUUCCAGGCGGAGAAUUGUGAGCAGCGUUGGAACAAUAUCAGGCAUCGCUUUGCAGAAGAGAGACGCUUAUCGCAGAGGCCAUCUGGUUCCGAAGCGUACAGUAUUACAUGGCCUCUGUAUAAAUACUGCACAUUCCUGGAAGAUAUAGUAGUGAGUAGAAAGACGGUAGGAAAUAUACCAAAAAAUUCACCAAACAUUUUACAACCAGCAGAAGCUGGAAGUUCCUUGUGGAAUGAUUCCAUAGUAACGGAUGAUAUCACUGACUCCCCGUUGCCUAUUGACACGGAAGUAUCUGCCACGGAACCUUUACCGGAUGAUAGUAGUGACACCACUAGGCCAUCGUCGGCAUUGGCAUCGACAAGUACCAGUCGAGCAAGUCAAGUAAUUGUAAGACAAACUCCAAAACGCAAGAGAGAUGAAAAGAUGUCGGAGUUGGCAGACCUGACACAAAGCAUUAGUAAUGCUUUCAAUAAAUUAGGAGCAACCAGUCAGUCAAAUGAAAUGGAGAAUGAGGAGAUAGUGUUUGGGAGGGCGGUUGGACUCUGCUUAAAGUCUAUCAAAAAGAAAAAAGCCAGAGCACUAACAAAAGCUAAAAUAAUGCAAAUAAUCGCAGAGGCAACAAGUGAUGAAGAUUAA